AUGGUGUCCGCCUCCAAAGCCGCCCGUAUGGCCAAGCGCGCCGCCGAUGGCGAAGGCAAGAAGAAGGCCGGCAAGUCGUCAAAAAACGACACCCCCGUCGACUCUGACGUUGGCGAGGACCAGCCUGCCACCACCGACGCCAAGAUGAAGCAGGUCGAGAAGCUCACAGCACAGAUGGACAAGCACGGCCUGUCGGAUCGUGUCACCACCGGUGUGCUCUCGUCGAUGGCCUCGUCUCGCGACGUCAAGAUCACCUCCGCCUCGCUCGUGUUCCACGGCAAGGUCCUCAUCACCGACUCCACCCUCGAACUCAACUUCGGUCGCCGCUACGGUCUGCUCGGCGAGAACGGUUGCGGAAAGUCUACGCUGCUCAAAGCCAUCGAUGCCCGCGAGUUCCCCAUCCCCGAGCACAUUGAUAUCUACCUUCUCAACGAGGGUGCCCCUCCUAGCGACCUCGGUGCGCUCGAGUGGGUUGUUACUGAGGCUCAGAACCAGCUUGACCGUAUGGAGAAGCAGGCUGAGGAGAUUCUGGAGCAGGAGGGCCCCGACAGCCCGAUUCUCGAGGAUCUGUACGAUCGUAUGGACAAAAUGGACCCCUCCACCUUCCACACCCGUGCCUCUCUCAUUUUGACCGGUCUCGGUUUCAACAAGACGACAAUUCACAAGAAGACCAAGGACAUGUCGGGUGGUUGGCGUAUGCGUGUCGCCCUCGCCAAGGCUCUGUUCGUCAAGCCCUCGCUGCUGCUGCUCGACGACCCCACUGCUCACUUGGAUCUCGAGGCGUGCGUGUGGCUGGAAGAAUACCUCAAGAAGUGGGAACGUACUCUUGUCCUGGUUUCUCACUCUCAGGAUUUCCUCAACGGUGUCUGCACAAACAUGCUCGACAUGCGCAUGAAGCAGCUCCUCUACUACGGUGGUAACUACGACUCGUACCACAAGACCCGUGCCGAACAAGAGACCAACCAGAUGAAGGCGUACCACAAGCAGCAGGAAGAAAUUGCUCACAUCAAGAAGUUCAUCGCCUCUGCUGGUACCUACGCCAACUUGGUGCGUCAGGCCAAGUCCCGUCAGAAGAUCCUCGACAAGAUGGAGGCCGACGGCUUCAUCCAGCCUGUCAUCCCCGACCGCGUUUUCAGCUUCCGCUUUGCCGAUGUUGAGAAGCUCCCCCCUCCCGUCCUUUCCUUCGAUGACGUUUCCUUCUCUUACUCUGGUGAGUGGGCGGAUACUCUCUACGAGCACCUCGACUUUGGUGUCGACAUGGACUCCCGAACUGCCCUUGUCGGCCCCAACGGUGUCGGCAAGUCCACUCUCCUGCGCCUGAUGACCGGCAAGCUCUCGCCCAUCGGUGGCCGUGUCAGCCGUCACACCCACUUGAAGCUCGGCAUGUACAGCCAGCACUCUGCCGAACAGCUCGAUCUCACCAAGUCCGCCCUCGAGUUCGUCCGCGACAAGUUCCCGGAGCAGUCUCAGGACUUCCAGUACUGGCGCCAGCAGCUCGGUCGCUACGGUCUCUCUGGAGAGUCCCAGACCGCGCUCAUGGGCACCCUAUCCGAAGGUCAGAAGAGUCGUAUCGUGUUCGCCCUGCUCGCCAUCGAGUCGCCCAACAUGAUCCUGCUCGACGAGCCUACCAACGGUCUCGAUAUCCCCACAAUUGACAGUCUGGCUGAUGCCAUCAACGCCUUCAGCGGUGGUGUCGUCGUCGUGUCUCACGAUUUCCGUCUCCUCGACAAGAUUGCCAAGGACAUCAUGGUCUGCGAACACAAGACCGUCCGCCGCUGGGAUGGCUCAAUCGGUGCCUACAAGGACCACUUGCGCAAGAAGAUGAUUUCCGAGGGUGCCGUCUAA